AUGGCUGAUGUUUUAGAAGGAGAAGAGCCAAAGCUUUCGAAAAAAGAGCUCAACAAAUUGGCGAGAAAAGCCAAGAAAGACGCAAUUACCCAAGAAGUAAGUUCGAAUUUUUUUUAUAAAAAUGAAUAUUCCUCAAAAAAUCACCGUGUUCCAAAAAGAUGUCAAAUAAUAGAGUGGAAAAUGUUCAUUUCAGAUUUUCUGCAAAACCCUAUAUUAUUGACAUUUUUCCAGAAAGGAGGUAGCCAACAACAACAAGGAGCCAGCGAAGAAGAAGAUUAUUCGAAAGAUUUAUAUGGAUCUUAUGGACUUGUAAAUUCGAAGGAGAAAAAGGAACUCAACUUCCUUCGUGUUAGAGAUGUUAAUUCUUCUGUUGCCAAUCAAACUGUAGGUUUUUAAUAGAGUAGAAUUCAAAAUGAAAAAAAAACAGAAAAUUAAUUUUUAAUUAUUUUCAGAUCUGGGUUCGCGGUCGAGUUCAUACAAGUCGAUCGAAAGGAAAGAAUUGUUUCUUGGUUAUUCGUCAAGGAGUAAACACUGUUCAAGUUGCGAUGUUCCUUAAUGACAAAAUUAGCAAGCAAAUGUUGAAAUUUGUAUCAUCCAUCUCGAAAGAAUCAAUAGUUGAUGUUCAAGCAACUGUGAAUGUUGCUCAAUCGCCAAUCGAAUCAUGCACACAAAAAGAUGUUGAAUUGACUCCACUUCAAGUGAGUUUGAAGAAAAUAAUGACAUUGUUCUAAAAAAAAGUAUUUUGCAGGUCUUUGUUGUGUCAGCUUCAGCUCCAAAACUUCCACUUCAAAUCGAAGAUGCUUCCCGAAAAGCGCCAAGUGAGGAAGAGAAAAACACCGAUAAAGAAAACAAACUUGCUGUUGUCAAUUUGGAUACUCGAUUGGAUAACAGAGUUAUUGAUCUUCGUACAACAACAUCGCAAGCUAUUUUCAGAAUCCAAGCUGGAAUUUGUAAUCAAUUCAGAAAUAUUCUUGAUGCUCGUGGAUUUGUUGAAAUCAUGGCUCCAAAAAUCAUCUCGGCGCCUUCGGAAGGUGGAGCAAAUGUGUUUGAAGUUUCAUAUUUCAAAGGUUCCGCAUAUUUGGCACAAUCUCCACAAUUAUAUAAGCAAAUGGCAAUUGCUGGAGAUUUUGAGAAGGUUUACACAAUUGGACCAGUUUUUCGUGCUGAGGAUUCAAAUACACAUAGACAUAUGACUGAAUUUGUUGGACUUGAUCUUGAAAUGGCAUUCAAUUUCCAUUAUCAUGAAGUUAUGGAGACAAUUGCUAAUGUUCUUACUGAACUCUUCAAGGGAUUACAAGAACGAUAUCCAGAUGAAAUUUCUGCGGUCGGAAAUCAAUAUCCAGCAGAACCUUUCCAAUUCUGUGAACCACCACUUAUCCUAAAGUGAGUUACAUUUUCAAAACACGGAUUGUCUAAUUAUAAUCUUGUUUUUAGAUACCCUGACGCCAUUGCAAUUCUCCGCGAAAACGGUGUUGAAAUCGGAGAUGAAGAAGAUUUGAGCACUCCAGUUGAGAAACUUCUUGGUAGACUCGUCAAAGACAAAUACAAAACCGAUUUCUAUGUUCUCGAUAAAUUCCCAUUGGCUGUUCGACCAUUCUAUACAAUGCCAGAUGCGCACGAUCAAAAAUACUCGAAUAGUUAUGAUAUGUUUAUGAGAGGAGAAGAGAUUUUGUCGGGAGCUCAACGUAUUCAUGACCCUGAUAUGCUUGUGGAACGCGCCAAACAUCAUGCUGUUGAUUUGGCCAAGAUUCAAGCUUAUAUUGAUGCUUUCAAAUAUGGUUGUCCACCACACGCCGGAGGUGGUAUUGGUCAGUUUUUGAAAGGGUUUUCUAGAGGAAAAUUUAAGAUUCGAAAUUACUAGGAACUAUUUUUUUUUUGAAAUCUGAACUUCAAAUUUACCUGGAAAAUUUGUGAGCUCAAAAAUAUUGAAAAAGGUCAAAAUUUAAAUAAUUCAAUAUGUUAAAAAUAAUUAUACAACAUUUUUGAAUUGUUUUCAAUAAAAAUUGCCACUCCCGAAAUUUUCAGAGUUCUGAUUUCACAUAAUUCUUCAGAAGACUUGAGCAAAUUUCUUUCUUCGAUAUUUUCUGAAUUUUCAGAAAUUCUGAAAAAAAUUACAUUUUGAAGAUAUAUUAUUUUUGCCAUGUCAUAACUAUUUUCUCAAUUAAAAUUAAAUUCCAACAUUUUCUAGGUUUGGAACGUGUCACCAUGCUCUUCUUGGGUCUUCACAACAUUCGUCUUGCCUCUUUGUUCCCACGUGACCCAAAAAGAAUUACACCAUAA